GCCAGCACAGCUUCAGUUCAGUAGCGACCUGGACACAGCGAUGGCAGGUCAGAAGUUUGAGUACGAUGAGUCAGGCUCGACUUUUUUCUAUUUCCUCACCUGCUUUUUGGGACUGAUACUUGUCCCUUGCACAUUCUACUUCUGGCCGGCCGGAGAAUCUGAAGGUAAACCUGAGUGGGCAGCAGAAGACCAGGAGAAGGAGAAAUGCGAGAUAUUCCAGCGAAAACACUCCAAACUAAGGAAGCCAGAGAAAUGGAAAGGACUCCAGAAAAAUACACAACGAAUUUUACUCAUGGCCGGCUGGGUGGUGAUGGCCUGCCUUGUAUAUAAGCUCCAACAGUUUGAUUAUGAAAAUGCAAACUUUGAUCCAUAUGAUAUCUUGGGUGUUGGAUUGACUGCUAGCACCUCAGAGAUUAAAAAGGCUUAUAGGAAGCUGUCGCUUAUUUACCAUCCUGAUAAGCCAACUGGAGAUGAGAGAAAGUUUAUGAAACUCAAUAAAGCAUACCUAGCACUCACAGAUGAUGAGGCGAGAAGAAAUUAUGAACGUUAUGGCCACCCUGAUGGGCCAGGUGCCAUGCAUUUUGGCAUCGCACUUCCUUCUUGGAUUGUGGAGAAAGAGAAUUCAUUAUGGGUCCUUGGGCUGUAUGGUCUAGUGUUCAUGAUUGCUCUGCCAACAGUGGUUGCCAUUUGGUGGUACAGAUCUUCCAAGUUUUCAAAUGACCAGGUGCUGUUAGACACAACACAGCUAUAUUACUACUUCUUCCACAAGACGCCCCACAUGGUGUUCAGGAGGGCACUCAUGGUCUUGGCUGCAUCCUUAGAGUUUGAAAAGGGACACAACCCAGAGAUUGUGGAGAGGCCCACUGACAACAUUGAGCUGCCUCAGCUGAUCAAGCAGUUGCCCAACCUAGGUGAGAAGAACAAGGAGCGCCCCCUAUGCUUCCCCUACUCCAUGAAGGCAAGGUCACUUCUCCACGCACACCUGUCGCGGAUUCGGCUGCCUGACAACACUCUUGACCAGGACAGGCUUUAUAUUGUCAAAUGCUGCCCAACACUCAUCAAUGAGAUGGUCACAUGUGUGUCUCAGCUGAUCAUGUUGGCUCAUGCAGGUCGCAUCUCUCGCCUGCCGUCCUUGGAUACCAUUGAGGCCUGCAUGAAGCUAUGCCCACACAUCAUCCAAGGAUUGUGGGAAAGCAAGAACCCACUGCUUCAGCUGCCCCAUGUCAGUGAUGAAACACUCAGGCACUUUGCAAGCAAACGCAGACCUCUUAAUAGUCCAGAACAAUUGGUGGCAUGUCCUCCUACUGAGCGACAUCACAUUUUACGCUCUUUCUCUGAGGAGGAGGUCAACGACAUUAUGACUGUGUGCAGAAAGAUGCCACAUAUUGAUAUGGAAGUGAACUAUGAAGUGGUUGAUGAUGAUGACAGUGGAGUGUUUACUGCUGGAGCUAUUGUUACUGUCACUGUGAACUUGCGACGUCGAGCCUUAGAGGAACUUUAUGAAAACCAGCCGAUAAGCCUUGAUUAUCGACCUGAAGUUCCUGCACCUGUUGAAGAGGAGCCAUCAACCAAAAAAGCUGGUUGGAAGAGACCCCAGCUGAAGAAGACUGCAAAAGCAAAGCCCAAAGCUGUGCAGCCAGCAAAGAAGAAGGUGCCGUCUGGAAAGAAAGAUGAAGCACCUCAAGAAGGGAAGAAAGAGAAAGCUGACAACCCAAUGGUGCAAGUUCCACGGGUGGAAGAUUUGGAGGAAAAACAGGCAGAAGAGAAAGAGGAAACAGAUGAUGACGAAUCUGCCUCUCAUUCUGAUGAGUCGGUAGCUGAAGAGGCAGACACUGAGUCGCAUAAGGAUGACAAGACUGCUGUUGACGAUGAUGCGGAGUGGGAGAGGUUACAAAGAGGGCUAACCAAACGAGAGAAAGCGCUGGAAGGAAAGUCGAAGAUGUCCCACACGGUGCACUGCCCAUAUUUCCCAGAGGACAAACAGGAAUAUUGGUGGACCUAUGUGUGUGAUCGCAAGAAGCACAUGCUCAUCACAGCCCCAUAUUUGAUUACAAAUCUCGUGGACCAUGAAGAGGUACAGCUCAAGUUUACAGCGCCCCAGAAGCCAGGUCUCUACACGUACCAGGUCUGCCUUCGAUCAGACUCCUACUUGGGCCUUGACCAAAAUCAUGACAUCAAACUUGAUGUUAAAGAGGCUCGAGAAAUCCCAACAGAGCAUCCACAAUGGCAAGAAUGUUCCAGUGAUGAGGAGGAUGAGGAUGAUGAUGUUGGAAAGGAUGAAGGGGAAGAAUCUGAGUUCACUACUGAUGAGGAACUCACAGAUGAAAGUGAUGAAGAGUGAUGUUUCAGGGCAUGUAAAGGGAAGUUGCUGGUAGUAGACAACUUCCUCUCCUCACUAUGAAUGACUCACAAUCUCUCUCUCUCUCUCUCUCUCUCUCUC